AUGUCGGUCUUCCCUUCAAAUGGCUAUAUGCCAUCUUCUUCUCCAAAUAAAGACCAACCGUUCCUUCCUCCCUUAGCCCCUCCUCUCUCUAAGCCCAAUGCAUCGCCAAAGCCUUUCACUCUCCAGAAUUACUUUCCUUAUCCUUCUCUUCCGUCAGUAGUCGAGCUCAAUUCCGCCAUUUUUAUCUAACCAAGAACCUCCAUAUUCACUGCAAAAAUGGAAGGUUCUUUCUUCCCUAACCGAUGCACACUUCCAGUGAGUAGACCUAUUCAACCAAAUCAGACAUUGAAGUUCAAUUCAACGACUCUUCCUCCUCCUCCUCCUCCAUCUCCGCCUUCUUCCUCAAUUCCGAUCGAUACCCUUCUUCAGCAUCUUCUUCAUUUGUCUCUGUCUCCCAAUGACAGUGCCCAUAAGCUCAAACCUGUAAAUGUUGCGAAAAAGAAUGUUGCGCAUUUGCCUUCUCUUCAAAUUUCAGUGGAUUCAACUAAGAAACGGAGAGAUGGGGCUCAGUUGAAGAAACCCGUCUUGAAUUCAGCUCCACAAUUUGAGUACAGCGACGAGGAGAUUCGAGAUGGGCCUCUUCAAUUUCUCUCCAAGAAGGGUAUAUGCUUGCUCAAUUCCAUUGCUGCACAACCUUUUGAUAGCUUGGAUUCUCUUUUUGAUUCUGUCAAGUCCGAGUUGCUUGAAGUUGAUAUUGUUAGUCUCCUGAAAGCGCUAGACGUUUCAGGUAACAGCGAGAGAGCUAUUUUGUUGUUUGAAUGGGUUGUGUCGAACACUGUCUCGGGAGAUGUGAAACUAGAUAGUAAAGCUGUUGAACUUAUGAUAAGGAUUCUUGGAAGAGAAUCGAAAUAUUCAAUUGCACUCGAGCUGUUUGACAAAAUUCCCAUUGACAAGUACUCGCUUGAUGUUCGCGCUUGCACCACCAUUCUUCAUGCUUAUUCUCGGAAUGGCAAGUAUAAGCAAGCCAUUGCUAUGUUUGAGAGAAUGAAGGAAUGUGGCCUUUCUCCAAGUUUGGUUACUUACAAUGUCAUGCUUGAUGUUUAUGGGAAAAUGGGUCGCUCUUGGGAUAAAAUUUUAGACUUGUUGGAUGAAAUGAGAAAUGAAGGUUUGCAAUUUGAUGAGUUCACCUGUAGUACUGUGAUAUCUGCGUGUGGAAGAGAGGGUUUAAUAAACGAAGCUAAAGAAUUUUUUGUUGGGUUGAAGUCCAGUGGUUAUGAGCCAGGAACUGUCACUUACAAUGCUUUACUUCAAGUGUUUGGAAAAGCUGGGAUUUACUCAGAGGCCUUAAAUAUCUUGAAAGAAAUGGAGGACAAUAAUUGCACCCCGGACUCUGUUACUUAUAAUGAGCUUGUAGCAGCUUAUGUUCGGGCAGGAUUCUAUGAGGAAGGAGCUGCUGUAAUUGACACAAUGACACGCAAAGGUGUGAUGCCAAAUGCUGUGACUUAUACUACUGUCAUAAAUGCCUAUGGCAGGGCAGGGAAGGAGGUUAAGGCAUUACAAUUAUUUAACCAAAUGAAGAAAUCAGGAUGUGUUCCUAAUGUGUGCACAUAUAAUUCCAUUCUUGCUCUGCUGGGAAAGAAGUCACGGUCAGAGGAAAUGAUAAAGAUACUCAGUGAUAUGAGAAUAAAUGGCUGUCCUCCAAACCGAAUAACUUGGAACACUUUGCUUGCCAUGUGUGGUGAUAAGGGGAAACACAAGUUUGUGAACCAUGUUUUUAGGGAGAUGAAAAAUUGUGGAUUUGAACCAGGUAAAGACACAUUUAACACUUUGAUCAGCGCGUAUGGCCGUUGUGGGUCAGAGCUUGAUGCGGCGAAGAUGUAUGAGGAGAUGAUGAAAGCUGGAUUUACACCAUGUGCUACAACUUAUAAUGCGCUUCUGAAUGCUUUGGCUCGGCGAGGGGAUUGGAAAGCAGCAGAAUCUGUCUUACUGGAUAUGAGAAACAAGGGAUUCAAACCUAAUGAAACCUCAUUCUCAUUGAUGCUCCAUUGCUAUGCAAAAGGGGGGAAUGUGAGAGGAUUAGAGAGGAUCGAGAAAGACAUUUAUGAUGGUCAGAUCUUCCCCAGCUGGGUUCUCUUGAGAACCCUCAUUCUUGCAAACUUCAAGUGCAGAGCAGUUAGAGGAAUGGAAAGGGCAUUUGAAGAGUUGAUGAAGAAUGGAUACAAGCCUGAUAUGGUUAUAUUCAACUCAAUGCUAUCAAUUUUUGCUAAAAAUAACAUGUAUGAAAGGGCGCACGAGAUGUUGCACUUGAUUCGUGAAAGUGGACUGCAACCGGAUCUGGUCACUUACAAUAGCUUAAUGAAUAUGUAUGCCAGAAGAGGAGAAUGCUGGAAAGCAGAAGAGAUCCUCAAGGGACUUAUAAAAUCUGGCGAAAACCCCGAUCUUGUGUCGUAUAACACCAUAAUCAAAGGCUUCUGCCGACAAGGGCUCAUGCAAGAAGCAAUAAGAAUUAUGUCGGAGAUGACAACUCGAGGGAUUCGUCCUUGUAUAUUCACGUACAACACUUUUGUCUCGGGGUAUGCAGGACGCAGAAUGUUUGCGGAGGUAGAUGAAGUCAUAAGCUACAUGAUUCAGAACAAUUGCAAACCCAAUGAACUUACUUACAAGAUCAUAGUGGAUGGUUAUUGUAAAGCAAGAAAAUAUCAAGAUGCUAUGGAUUUUGUCUUUGGGAUCAAGAACAUCGAUGAUUCGUUUGAUAACCAUUCCACGCAAAGACUUGCUUCCCAUGUAAGGGACAUGAUGAAUACUUGAUCUCUCUAGCUGAUGGACAGGUUACUGGAAACUGGGGUGUGUUCUCUGGAAGGUAUGAUCGAUAUUUAUGCAACUUCAUACAUCUUUGCAUUUCAUUUCUUGUGACUGUUUAGCUUCGGUUGAGUGUUUAUAAUCAGUUGGAGUAUGAAGAAUUCUACUCAUACACGUUUCCAUAAAGGGUCUCUUUUCUCAAUAUGAGAUGUAUCUUUAAAGAAUGGGGAUACUACGAUAGGAUACAUGAGUAAUCUUGUGCCUAUGUAAAUGAGCACUUCUUUACAAGUAGAGUAGAAGGAUCAUAAAUAAAAAGCUUUCUGAAAACAAUGGAUAUUUUGUUCCCGAACCAUGAAGUGAUUGACUCUGAAAGGGAUUGAUGAAUUUAGUGCAAGUUUCUUAAGAAAUGAUCUUGUACCUUAACAUCAAUUUUGUAAUUUCUAUCGAGUUGUUGCACCAAAAAAUGACCUUUUUGUUCUUAUAUUCUAUUAUUCUUUUUUUAGCUAAGAAAUUCCGUUAAUGAUUCCCUUUUCCCUAUUGGCUUGACGGAUGAUGUUAAACAUUGAUGAUUUUCUAGAUGUUUUUUUUUCCUAUCUUGUAAUCACUGUUUUCUACUCUCGAUUAUAUGGCCAAAUUCCUAAGAAUGUCAAAUGGUUUGCAUGGAUAGUGAGAAGCGUAUCAUAAAAAUCUUGAGGCGAAAGUUUUCUUAUUCUUAUGUGCUGAUUUAGAAGUUGUGAGUUGAUUUUGAGGUAUUAGGAAGCACCAACCACAGGAUUUUGUAAUAGGCAGUAUUCUUGGACUGAAGGAUCAGGUUUAUUGUUGUAAUUAAUAUUAAACUUGCUGAGCUUUCUACUAAUUAUCAAGCCUACAAGUAAAGGGAAGAUUUAAAGUAAUGUUAUAGCCCAUCUGUUUAAGGCCUUUGGAUCGGUAAUUUUGGGUUGAUUGGCGAUGACUUAAGAGCAACAUAUUUGAGUUUAGAUCUGAACUUAUUUUUUUUAGUUUCUGUACUUUAUAAUUUGUUACGAUGAUCAUUUAGAAACUAUGAGUGUUACAAUUGAACUAACCUUUUUAGAAAAUUAUCAAGUAUGGGCCUAAAAGGUAAACUUGGUGGUGACAUUGAAGGCCUUCCUGAACUGAGAUUAUCCGUGAGUUGCAUUAAUCUCUUUGUGGUUUAGUUUAUAGGAGCAUGCCACAUUUUCAAUAUGAAAUAACAUGAAUUUUGACCAUAUUUGCAACAAAUUUUUCUAUGUUCUAGUAUAACGAUCAAUUUCAUACUUGUUCACUGAGACCGGUGAAUUCCAAAUGUUUUAGUUGCAGGGGAACCUUGCAGCCAAUUGAGACUUCAUUGGUUCGAUCUCUCCGGCUCUAGGGAAUUUAUUAGUUGUUGAAUUUAGACACCUUGUAAAGAGCGCUGAUAAGAGAAUUUGAUAGCCAUUUACUUUUCAUGCUUUUGAUUUUCUACAGCUGAUAUAGUAUUUUGCAUUUUCAAUGUUCCAACUUCCAGGAUCCUUUCUACGUGUGGAUUUAGUGGUAUGGUGUUUUUACUUUUUUGUUUUGUCUUCAGGAAAUGCAUUAUCUGGUAAAAAAAGCAGGACAAGGAAGGAGCACAAUCAUUGUCCUUUGCUAUUUGGUAAUAUCAUGUACCCUUCUUUGCAGAAAUUAAGUACUAUUGUGAGAUGUAAGAAGAAGAAGAAGUAAUCUUUUGAAAUAUUUAGCAUUUUGAUCUUGUAUGAAGAAUCGAGAUUGUGUUUUUUUCUUUUUUUUUUUUUUUUUUUUUUUUUAUUUCAAGUCAAAUAUUACAUGACCCUAUCUAGAAGAACUAGAUUAUGUGCGCUUUGGAAGACCACAGGUGUUGCUCGCUCCCACACAGUUGGAGAUAAAAGAAAUUACUCUCAAGCAGAAACUCUUUAGGUUAGAAGCUUGUGGAAAUCACAUAGUUUUUAGUUCAGCUGCUGUUUUCUCUCACUUAUGCUGCUUUCAUAUCUUUAGGUUGGGCAAUUUUGAUUACCAAGUAGUUGGCGUUUGUUCAAGGAAGUGGAUUCUCAGAUUUGAAACUGUUCGAUUUAGGACCUAGGUUUUGAGCACAUCAAAGGUAGAAUCGAAAUCACAAAAUAAAGCUUAAACGAGUAAGACCAAUGCCAAAUUGCAUUAACCAGGGCAAAACUUAGAAUUGGCAAAUUGGCCACUACCUGAGAGUGUUGUGUCAUCCUGAAGUCCUGAUGCACGUGAAGUUUCGUUGGCGCCACGACGCUAGGUGUCACGAUCAUGCUUAUUCAGGGCGUAUUGCUCGUAGUCGCAUGACUGCCCCAACACCUUUUCCAUUACUUUCAUUGUAUUUUAGUUUCUUUACAUUUUUAAUUGUGAGUGACCGCUCGCACAUUAGCAUAUACAAGCCCAUCACAUCACUUUUUGUUCAGAAUGUACUAUAUGAGGGUAAAACUAAUCAUCAUAUCAACACAUUUGAGAGUUAUAAGCUAUAAAGAUGUUGUCUCUUAUU